CGCGUGGGGUCGCUUGUCGAGACGUGUCUUUGUGUCCGUGUGUCGCUGUGAACUGGUUAUGAUAGGGGUGGAAGGCAAGUGCGGUAAAAUCGUGCUCUUCUUAAGCGCUUUACUGGUCGUAUUCGCGGGUAUUUUACAUCACUUGGAGAAUUCAGAGACACCGGCGGCUUCGCUGAGGAGGAGGAUGGCCCACGACAUGCAUGCGCUGGAAGAGGGAUACCGCCAGAAGAACAGGAGCUGCUUUGUCCUGGGCGCCUCGGGGGAGACGGGCCGGGAGCUGCUGCGGGAACUUGUCCGUCGCCGGAUCUUCGCCAAGAUCACACUGAUCGGGAGGCGCCGCCUUGAGCUCGAGGACGGCGCGCAGCACAGUGUGGUUCAGGAGGUGGUUGAUUUUGAGAAGCUGGAUGAUUAUGCUGCAGCAUUUCAAGGUCAUGACGUGGGAUACUGUUGUCUGGGAACCACUAAAGCCAAAGCUGGAACUGAAGGCUUUAUACGUGUUGACCAUGACUAUGUGCUGAAAUCGGCGCAGCUGGCCAAAGCAGGAGGAUGUUCCCACUUCAACCUUGAGUCUUCCCAAGGAGCUGAUAAAACCAGUGGUUUUUUGUAUCUCCAAGUGAAGGGACAAGUCGAAGCAGAUAUUGAAGGACUAGGAUUUGAAAGAUAUUCUAUUUUCAGGCCUGCAGUGCUUAUGGUUGAUCGUCAGGAGUCCAGACCAGCCGAAUGGGUGAUCCGGAAGUUUCUCAGCCCAAUAUCAUUUUUUUUCCCCACUGCUUUGUCCAUCCCCAUUAAGUUUGUUGCUAGGGCCAUGGUUGUUAACACACUCAUUGAGAAGGGGGAAAAAGUGGAGAUAUUAGAGAACAAGGAGAUCUACAACCUUGGAAAAAAUGUAGAAAAAUGAAAUGGUUAAGUUGGAAAAAAACACUAUCAUUUUCUGAAUGUGCAGUUUAACCUUUUGAGCUUUUUUUUCAGCUGUUACGCUGACAUGUGGAUUACAUGUUAAUUAAGUGUUUUAGUUGCAUGGUGCUUUCCCAUACAUGAGGUACCAAAAUCAAUAGGAGCAAUAUUGAAAAGUGCCUCUUGCCGUUCAGAAGUACUCAUUGGAUACCUGUGAUCAAAUUAGUGGUUGUUUGAAUAAUUGACCAUGAUGGAUUUUAAUGUGCUUAUUUUUCUUUUGGUUAAUUUCUUGACCUCAGUUUAAUAAUUUUGAAUUGUAUGUCAGCAAAAAGCAGGUUGCAUUUUUCUGCCGCAUAUGUCUUACCAAGCAGUAAAUUUUCUGUGUACAAUACAAUGCCAUAUGGUGGAGGUACAUCAGGCUGGUCUGCUUUCCUUGGAACCAUCAUUGUGCAGAUGUCUUUAGAAUGCACUUCGUGCUGUGCAUAGCACACACAUCCUGGGGAUACCUCCAACUGUGGAGGAAGACACUUGAAAACAGCUGAUUCAGCUUUUUUAUUAAUUGCAUGUCGUUUCUUUUUUUGUGAAAUAUUUGUAUAUCGAGAUUACAAACAUAAUCAUGUGGUAGCCUUGUAAAAAAUCUUUGGUAAAAGAUUUUACCAAAUAUUACAUGUCAUGUUUUUGCAGCGACUUCUGAAAGUAUUUUGUUAUAAAUGGUUGUUUUGCUCUUGUAAAUAUAAUCCUUAAAAAAUGUAAACAGAAUUACUGCAGUAAAAGAUUGCUAGUGCAUAAGUGAUUGUUAAGCAAAGAUUACUCAGUUUUUUGUGUUCUUUUUCUAAACGUGAAAAGAGCUUGAUCCCAGACUGAAACCUGUGCCACACAAUAAUUGUUUUUGUUCAGGGGAAAAAUCACUUAACUGCAGUGUGGUAUGUCAUGAAAAUGUAAUUAUUUUAAAACUUAGAGGUGCAAGCAAUGAGUUUGUAUUUUUGACUUUACUAUUGGUCAGGUUUUGUUCUGUACAAUGCAUCUUUUUUGACAAAAUUGGCACAAGGAGCAUACAUGUUAAACAGAGUGAUGUGAUGGAAAAAAAUACAUAAGCUUUCAUGUGGUCAGUCUUAAUCUUUGUUAGUGUUCCUGGCUUCCUGGCACAGGAGUUUAUUGGUGUUGUGGCUCUAGAACAGACAAAAGGGCCAUUGGGAAAUAUUGUAGGUUAGAAUACUUGCGAAAUGAUUAAAAUACAGAGUUAACCAUGCUUUCUAUAACUAAAUUGGGGCCAUGACUCUGCCAUGAAAUACUGGAUAAGGCUUUAAGUGUCAAGACAUUUUUUACAGGCACAUAACAAUUGGAAUCAGACCUAUCAGAUUUACUGUUUGUACAAAGAGUCUUUUUCUGGCUUCUAUGUAUGCAGCUGUAGAGAGUACUGUGAGAGAAAUGCACUUGUCAGAUGAAUCUUUCUUUUUUUUAUGUGAACAGUUUCAUCAGUGUAGUUUGUUAUAUUCUUGUAUUUCAUUUCACCCAUAUACUGUGUUUUGAUUAUUCAGCACAGCUAAUGUUUUCAACACUUAUAGUAAAUGAUGAGAAUAUUUAUUUUUCUGAUGUUUUCAAAUAAUGUUUUUCUAUAGAUAAUUCAUGCCAGA